CUAGCCACAACACAGACAAAAACACUGAGGCAAACCGACCGUUAUAUCCAGAAAGAGUACGGAGAAGUCUUACCUCAGAGCGGAGUCACACUUUUCCACCUCAGGAGACGUCAGUCCAUCAGAGAAGGAGCAGGGAAAAGACUGUGUACUUAUCAAGAAAGGUACAAAGUUCACAACGUCCUCCUCUCUUUCACUGUAAUUUAUGAACCCUCAUUCACUUCAGCUAUCACCACAGAUCACACCACCAUGAGGGAUCUUAGCAUAUUUUUGAUCUUUUUUGCUGUAUUCUACUCUACCAAUGGACAGACUACAGUACAGUCCCUCUGCAACCUGCCCAUGGAUGAGGGAACAGGCUCAGAUGUACGCAUCUACUUGUACUACAACAAGGAUACAGACAACUGCCAACCAUUCCGCUACUCAGGAGAGGGUGGAAAUGCAAACAGAUUCAUUGCUGAGGUGCAGUGCAUGAGAAACUGUUCGGCCAGAGCCAACUCUCUCUACCCUCUGGACAGAUCAAAGGCUUGCCACUUGCCGAGAGCUUCAGGGGAAUGUUUGGGCUAUUAUUUACGCUAUUACUAUGAUCCUGCUCAUGGGAAAUGCAAGACAUUCUUCUGGACUGGCUGUGUGGGCAACGGAAACCGUUUCUUUACUAUUCAAAGCUGCAAUAACACAUGUUCUGGAAUAAUAGAUGAAGCUGAAGGAAAAGAAGAGGAAGUGGAGUCAGACUCACCAGUCGGCAUCAUUCUGGGAGUUGUUUUAGGUAUUAUAGGAGCCAUCAUCCUCAUCGUUGUGAUUGUUCUGAUGCUGAAGAAUAAGUCUACCCCUCAAAACAGCAAAGCAAAGGCCAAAAAAGAUAAGGGCUCUUCUGGACCAGACACACCUCUUCAGAAUGAUAAAAUUGAAAUGGCAUAAGGGAACACAAUGCAGUUUGAAAUACCCAACAUCAGCAUUAACACCGGAAAUCCCCACCACAUCUUAGACAGUGUGCUGAGGCAUAUCAAUAUUUUGAGUAGUCUCAGCAGUGGACACAGUGAAUGUAUUUGUAUUGUUAAAAGACCUUUGAGAUGUGCUGAAGAGAUGAAAGCUGAUGAAGAUGAAGAGAGUAAAGUUAUUUUGUUGUUGACAUCACUCUUCUCAUUGAAUUUUUUUUAGAGGUCAUACUGUUCAGUUUUAGCAACUUAUACCAUCACCAUUCUAUAGGCAUUCUUAAAUAAAACAUGUCAUUUCAGUUUCACUUUAUAAAGCCAUCAUCCACUUCCCCCACAGCCACCUUCACUCUGAAAAAUCCAUGUUGUGGGGAGAGAAUGUUUUAUUUUUACAGCAUUAUUUUUUCUCAUUCCAGUUAAAGCUUUCUUGUAAUCUGUAGUUUCCGUAUUUAAUUACAGUUCUGCUGUAGACUACUCACUCAAUAAUAAUUUCUAAUUAUUAAUAAUUGGCAGCAAUAUUAUUUUUAAUAAUUUAUUAAAUAAUUUAAUAAUUAUUUUUAAUGGAAACAAAUAGGGAGAGUGAGUGACUCAAGUUUACCGUGCAGUAAAUGGAAUUUACAAGACUUGGACGUUUGAUUUUUUUUUUUUUAAACAAUCUUUUGUAAAACACAGAAGAAUAUGAUAUGAUUGCAGUAAUGACUAA